UUACGACGUGCUGAGUGUUCUGAGUGCAUGUGCGUUCAUUUCCUCUGCGUGUUUCAGGGAAUGGCUACUCACGGAGGAACCCGCUCCGCGGGUGGUUCCGCCCUGCGUGGGGACGAACGUCGAGGGACGACGUCGUCACCGGCAAGGGAAACGAGUCGGGGAGGUGACGGUGGGGAGGAAGAACGACGGGCUCAAAACUUGUGUUGCGACUACAGCAAGCGUGUCUGGUAUUUGGACUGGGCGAGCCAGGAUGGCUCCGACCCGUUAAAACCACCGUGCGGGCCGGUCUUGUUCGUCACCGGUCGCGGCGAUAGGACGCGUCUCGCAGGGUCCAUCGUCGAGUGGGUCGACGAAGGCGACUACAAUUUCAGAUUUACCUUACGGAAGCUUUACAGAAGUGAUGGUUUCGUCGACGACAUCGCAAAAGGAUGCAAGGUUGCGGGGAAGAUGUUCGGCGGGUACGGUCGGGGUGCGAUAUCUUUGCCCUCCUUUGUCCCACUAGCGCCAGGAUACGACGAAGCCGUUCACGUGACAGACUUCCUCGAGGUUUGGGCGAGUUCAAUUCCCUCUGGCAAUGCCAUGGACGUCGUCCCUAGGACAUCGAUCAGUGGUCUUGUUGUGUUCGUGGGAGGAGAGUGCUUUAAAAGGAGGAUGGGAGGUCAGGGUGAACUACCAGCUUCGCCUUCUGAUCAAGAGGUGGGCAUGUCAGACGACUCGGAGGACGACCAUCCGCGUGCUCCUUUGAAACCAGGCUUGCAAGGAUCUCGCCGCCAAGGAUUGACGACUCCUCGUCGUCUGGUCGAAAGAAUCGGCGAGUUCGUUCGUGGCAGGCAGGUGGUCGAGGUUUCGUCGGGCGAUCGCGCGGGUAGCUCACAAGCUCGAGAGGUGUGUGGGUCAGAUGAGACGACUCACUGGGCCCGCCCUGCGCCUGCACAACUGCAGAUGGAGGCGAGCCCACAACGAGAAGCAGGUGGGAACGUCGCCGGUGAGGAUGAGGUGUUCGAGCUGGGGCUGUUUCGUGAGAAAUCGCCUGAAAUAACUCAAUCGGGAGGCAAGCGCAACUUGCCAGUUAAGGAAGAGCGAGAGGGAGCAGGUGCUCUGAAAAGGCAGAGAAAAGAAGGAGGGAGUGCUCGGACGCCAACGACACGACAGGGAGGUUCCGAUGAGAAGAUGAAAAGGGUUGGAGGUGGGGAUGAAGCGCCCAAAGAUUCAUCGACACGGGGAAGAACCGAUGAGUCUUCCGGGAAGAGGUCGAAAUCGUCGAGGGAGAAGAAAGCAGAUGAGGGCGAGAGCGGGGAAAGGGAUGAGGAAUGCGUUUUCCUCGAGAUGAAGAAAAGGGUGCAGAGGGACGUCGUGUUGCACAUCCAUCCCGAAAGAAUAUUGCCUAUUCCAGACUGGGAAAACGCGUACAACCGCCGAUCCUUGGACGAGUUCCUCGUUGAUACCAUCACGUCAGCUAUGAUCGACUGCUACAAACGUAAAGACAUGAGAUACACGAAGCCGAUUUUCGUUCUCGCUCCGAUCGUCGCGCCUCCGAAGAAGGACGAGUCUGCUGUGCUCGUGCUGCCUUGUGACUUCGACGGCUCACACCCCGAGAAAUACUGGUAUUAUCCUGUGUGUGGACAGCAUAACACGAGGGCGGUGAUGAAGGUCAAAGACCAUCCCGUGUUUAACUACUACAGCUUCUGUAAAUGGUCGUUUAGACCGAUUUACUUCCCUGACGACGAGUUCGACGGCUACGCCCAUGUCAGCUGAGAAGACAACAUGAAAGACAAGAAGAAUCCACCGCGCUUGCAGGUUCUGUCUAUGCGGGACAUUCGCAAUAUCUGGAAAAUAAAGGGGAAACCGCGUG